AAGUAAGGGCAUGAGCAGUCCAGGUGGCGGGGCGCUGUCGACGCUGCCUGUGGUGCGCAACACGCUGGGGUCGCGUGGCACGUCUUUCUCAGGCCGCGGUCUGGCGCUCGGCAAGUCGUGGCCGCGACACUGCAACUGGCGCACUGCAGCCAUCGUGCUGGGCAUCGCGUGCUGCGUUCUCGCCGCUCUACUCGCCUAUUUCGCAACCACAGCGUCGUUGGCGCGCACGGCCAAGAGCUGCCUUGUGGUGGAGGACGCCGCUCAGGUCAUCGCUGCGCACGCUGACGCCGGCCAGUCUCUCUCCACGCUACCUCCGCCUAGAUUAAAAGCUGCUUCAACCUCCCCAACGACAGCCCCAGCACGGGCUCCGCCCGACCCUCAGGCAGGCUCUGCCCUGGCGUCCCCAGGCGGCGAUGGUCGCAGUUCAGUGAAGAUGAAGUCGUCGUCACUUUUGGUGAAGAACAAACGAUACGAAGCUACGGUGCCGGGUAAUGAUUUCUGGAACGUGCAGCUCGAAGUGAAGCAACCAAUGCUCAUCAGAAUAACACUGACGGUGCGGAGAUCAUCAACAUUGGCCGUGUAUGGCCGCCGCAACGUGGCUCCCUCCAUCACACAAUACGACUUCGUGCAGUUCAUCAAAGGAGGAAGAUCUAGCCGAGCAAGAAGAGAUACUCUCAACGGGAAUUUCCUGCCGUGGGAUUUGUCCUACUAUAACCUUGGCCGUCCAGCGUCUGAGGCUCAGAAAAGGAUACCAAAAGGUCCACUCGAAGAAUUGGAUCCGUUUUUACUGCCAGAAGAAUAUUGGGAGGAAGAAGAAGAUGACGUAGAUGGAGACUCAGCAGAGGUGUUUUACGCCGACUAUGACGACCAGUUAGCGCCAGAAACUUACACCAAACAUAAUAUAUUCAGCAGCGGGGAAGUGUUUGGUCCUGAUAGUGAGUUAGAGAGCCGGCAGAGACGAUAUGUGGACCUGCUUGUGGUUAACACCACACUCUUGCACCGCAUGAACACCGGCCUGUGGUACCUUGCAGUUUUUAACGACGCCUAUGCACCGACGCAGGUGUCGCUACUGCUUGAGGAAGACGGGGAGCUGCAGUCCGAGUGUCCGGGCGACUGCUCGGGCCACGGCUCGUGUGUGCUCGGCCGCUGCGAGUGCGUCCAGGGCUGGACCGGCCACGACUGCUCCACCAGCGUGUGCCCAGUACUAUGCAGCAGUCACGGAGGUGAGUGUGUCUGCCAGCCUGGCUGGAAGGGGGAACACUGCCAGCACGUUGACUGCGAAGACCCGACGUGCGGUGGUCACGGAGGCUGCGUGGAGGGCCGCUGCUUGUGCCAAGCAGGCUGGACGGGCCUUAAUUGUUCUCAGGUCGACCACAAAGUUUUCACGUGUCUGCCGGACUGUUCAAGCCACGGACAUUACGACCUCCACGCCUCCAAAUGUGUCUGCGAUUCCUUCUGGACCGGCGACAACUGCAACCAACCCCGAUGCGACGUAUCGUGCGCACACGGCAGCUGCGGUGCGUCGGGGUGCGAGUGCGCGCAAGGCUGGACGGGCGAGCGCUGCGAAGAGCGCUCCUGCGACGCCCGCUGCUCCGAACACGGCCAAUGCCACAACGGCACCUGCAUCUGCAUCCAGGGCUGGAACGGCCGCCACUGCACCAUCCGUAUGUUAUUGCAAGAAACUAUAUUAUUUGAUGUAUAUAAAUGAACAAAGUUUGUAUUAAAUUCAUACAAUAUCUCUCUAUGUAUGAACUCUGAUCACGACGGACUAGCUGACUGCUCAGACUCUGACUGCUGCUGGGAGAGUGUGUGCAGUGACCACGUCAUGUGCAUGAUGUCCAGCGACCCCGUGGACGUGUUGCUCACCAAACAACCGCCUACCGUCACCGCCUCUUUCUAUCAGAGAGUCAAGUUCAUUAUUGAGGAUCGGCAGGUCCAAGACUUCGCUCGCAAAGACCAGUUUGAAGAAAGUCUCUUCUGGAGCUCCUUCGAGCCAAGACGCGUGUCGGUGAUCAGAGGCCGCGUGGUGUCCGCUAACGGUGAAGGCAUCGUCGGGGUGCGCACGAGCGUUGACAAGCAGUCCAGCAAGUACGGCAUCACCGCUACACGCCGCGGCGGCUGGUUCGACGUGUUGGUGAACGGCGGAGGAGCAGUAACGCUGCAGUUCCAGCGCGCUAACUUCCUCCCUUUAACCAUCACGGUCCCAGCGCCAUGGAACGACAUCGUCGUGCUCGAUCCCGUUAAACUCACACUCAAAAGCGAGGCGACCAAAGAUGUCAGUGUUCUUGGUGUGGAAAGUUUGUGGCUGAACCCUUGCUUGGAACAUGACCACAAGCUUCUGAGGCCGCAGGUGGUGGCAACCCACCUCCCCUACACAGUAGGCGGUAUCCCCCAGAAGUCGGUUGUCUUCUCUGAAAUGCAGGUGGUGCAGGAGUCAGUUCGAAUACCGGGUAGUGAACUCCACUUGCUCUAUCACUCCAACACAGCCUCGGGAUAUUUUUCACGCCUGCUACUUGAAAUAACCCCACACACAGUCCCCGCUGCUCUCUCCAGAGUGCACCUCAAGAUCACAGUUGAAGGCUCCGUGUUCGAAAAGCUCUUCGAAGCAGACCCUAACAUCACUUACACAUUCACAUGGAACAAACGCAACGUCUACAAGCAAAAAGUGUACGGCGUGUCUCUAGCCACGGUGUCCGUGGGUUACGAGUAUCUAACUUGCCAGCAAAUUGUAUGGGAGACUCAAACAGCGAAGCUCCAUGGAUUUUACAUGGAGAUAGCAGACGUAGGAGGCUGGAACCUUGACAUUCAUCACAUGUACAACUUUGAAUCUGGCGUGCUACAGCGAGGCGACGGCUCCAUUCUGGACCUGAAGGACUUCCCCCGCCUGGUGACGCCCCUGGUGGGCACAGGGUCGAGACGCCCCGAGAGCUGCCAUCACUGCUCAGGGCGAGCGGCCGACGCUCAGCUCCUCACACCCACGGCCCUAGCAGCCGCUCCCGACGGGUCUGUCUACGUCGGCGACUUUAACCUCAUCCGCCGCAUCACUAAAGACGGCAAAAUCUACACCGUCAUGGAACUAAGCUCCACCCAAGUGUCCUACAAUUAUCAUAUCACCGUUUCACCCGUUGACGGUCAUGUCUUUGUAAGCGACUCGGAGAAGUACAAAGUUGUACGGGUUUUGUCUUUGGAUGACAUUACAGAUCCCGCUACCAACUAUGAAGACGUAGCUGGGAAUGGGGCUCGUUGUAUUCCAGGUGAUGAGCAUCGUUGUGGUGACGAUGGUCCUGCCAUACUGGCUCGUCUCUACCACCCUAAAGGUCUCGCCAUCGCCCCCGACAAGACGCUUUACAUCGCAGACGGUCCCAACCUGCGCGUUGUGACCCCCGAUAACAUCAUCCACACUCUGAUCGGCCACCACGGUCACAAGACGCGCUGGCGGCACUUGCCUUGCUCGGGCGCCGUUCCUGUCACUCAAGUGGACCUACAGUGGCCCUCAAGCAUUGCCCUCUCGCCGCUCGACGGCACACUUCACAUUCUUGACGAUCACGUUCUGCUGCAGGUGACGAAAGAUGGAUCAGUGCGAGUAAGAGCUGGCAGUCCGUUACACUGCCAAGUGACCACAGACUUGCAGAGAAUCGGAACUGUUACUGGCCUUGCGUUCGCCCCAACCGGAAAUUUGUACAUUGUUGAGGAGAAAUCAUCCGGUGUUCACAAAGUCUUGGAGUUGACUCCAUCUGGGCAAAUAAAGCCAUUUGCUGGAGCAACUCUGCAAGAUUGCGGUUGUUCGGCCAUCACGAGCUGUAGCUGUGACAGGGACAAGGUACAUAUAUCCAGUCGUCUCCUGCUACGAGCUGCGUCCGGCAUCGCUGUUACUCCCGACGGUGUCGUCCAUGUCGCUGACCAGGAGGCGCUGCGUGUCUAUAGCCUCAGCCACUACCUGCCUUCUGAUGACCAGAACGGCGACUAUCAGGUUGCAAAUCCCCGGACGAACGAGAUCUACACAUUCAGUCGCCAUGGCCAUCACAUUGAAACUCGUGACCUCAUCACAGGCCGGAUUCUAUAUUCUUUUCUCUACUCUAAAAAUACUUCAUUCGGCCGUCUCUCCACUGUCACCGACUCCUCGGGCAAUAAAGUGGAAUUUUUGCGGGAUUAUUCUUCUGCUGUCAGCCAGGUCGAGAACACGCUUGGGGAGAAGUUUGCUGUUGAAAUCAACCGCUUAGGCUUGAUGGUGAAGUUUUCUGAGCGAUCAGGACGACGUUACGACUUCACGUACAACGAAGAAACUGGUCUCCUCACUGCCGUCACUACGCCAGGCCGCCUGACGACCGUGUACCAGUACGACGGUGCGGGCCGCGUGGUGGCAGUCAUCGCCCCCACAGGCUUCAGGACUCCCAUUAGCUCGUGGAUAAGCAACGCAGAGUCGGGCGGGGGCAACCUGCUAACUGUGGGCAUCGGCACGACCACGGCCGUCGAUGACACUCCUACGUAUCCUGCACACACGCUAUCCCUAACGCAGGACAGGAGGGCUUACUUCAACCAUGGUGACGUAUCUUCGGCGAUAACCUUGGCCAAAAACGGUAGUUGGCAUCAAACAUUACCGUGGGGAGGUUACUAUUCGGGCGUGGCAACUUUUUCGAACCCUUUACUCGAGAUGACCCUGGCCACGCAAGCUCGAUUGUUCCCCUCCACGAAACAAUUCUUGACAGCGGCGUCACAGUCGACCACUCCGAGCCUCCUGGACAUCAGCUAUGGAGUUAUGGGUGACCAUAGAGGAGCCGGAAGACACGUCGAAACCGUUAUGCUGGUGAAUAGAUCGCGGGUGAUCAGCAGUCGCUGGGACGGGUCCAUAAGGAGGGAGACGCUGAGGGACGGCAGUGGUGAGCCGCUGUUGCAGUCCAGCUUCAACACGCAACUGAAACCCACGAUACUGUCCCCGGGCUACUCCAUGCCACUCGUUAACUUCACUUACGACAGAUUUGGAAGGCCCGCUCGUAAAACUUGGGCGCGGCUGAAAGAGGAAUACGAGUACGAUUCAAAUGGGCUUCUUUCAUCAGUAAGCACUGCCAGUGCUGCUGUUACAAGAUACGCAUUCUCCGAAGCUAAACUGCCCUCUUCCAUCACUCUGCCGUCUGGUCGAUCAUGGGAACUGAAGUAUGACACUUACGGAGGACUUCAAGCCGUAAACACGCCCUCUGGCACGUCUCAUAUCUUUUCUGUUCAAGCAUCUUUCUCUUCAUUCGUAUUCUCGUACACUCCGCCUGGCUCAAGCCAUGCCUAUCGCCAGCAUCUAGACCCUGAAGGCAGGUUGCUUUUAACUGAUUUCCCUGAAUCUCCAGGGAAAAUUUUAUAUACUUACACACCAACAAACCAGCUCGAAGAAAUCGUUUCAGGAGAUGGCAUCACACAAUUUGCAUAUGAUAAAGACGGCUUACUUGCUGAGGCUGUACUUGAAGAAACAGAUCUGGAAUAUAAGAUGGAUUACCUCUACAAUGGUCGACUGUUGCAAGAGCACAGAAUCGAAUACAGCGCUCGAUCCAGCCUCAGCAACGUGAAGUUUACUUUCGAGUACGACGAUAACAUGCGAAUCACGAAGAUGGAUGGGAGAGUAGGAGGCCAAUCCAUCAGACCUCACCACCUGUCAUACUCCCCACGCAACGGAUCCCCCAGCACCAUCGGUUCAUUCUUAGUAUCCAAGCCAGAGGUUAAUAUCACUACAAUUCAGGACGGUACAGCCAUCUUCACGCGACAGUUGGAUAGCCAUUUGAGAGUGUCUAGCACAUCUUUAAAUAUUCACAAUAUGCAAGUUUUUAGACAAGACAUUACGUACAACAGAGAUGGGCGGAUUGGCCAAGUUAAUACAUUUACAAGAAACUAUCAUACGAAACCUUAUUCUAAUUCUAAAAAUUAUACUUAUGAUGCUGAUGGACAACUCAUUUCUGUUGAUGCCAAAGAUUCGUGGAGUUUUGCUUACGACGCCAAUGGCAAUAUGGUGUCCCUUACGUACUCCACUAACACCAUCCCCAUGAAGUACGAUAGUCAAGAUCGCAUCGUUAAUUUUGGUCAAGGUGUUUACAAAUACAACUCACGAGGUGCAAUCUCUCAAAAUGCCCGAGAAGUUUCAUAUCAAUACAAUGCAAGAGGGUUACUCAUCAGAGCUUCAAGACCUGGGCGCUUCAAUAUAAAAUACCUGUAUGACCAUGACGACCGAUUAAUCGCCAGAAAAGAUAAUUUUGGGAACAUCACGCAGUUCUUGUACCAAGAUCCUCGAAACCCUGAUCGGGUUACUCAGAUCUACAACACGCGAGACGCUAGCCUUUUGUCUCUAGUUUAUGACGACAGAGGACACCUCAUCUUUGUCCAGGUGCAUCUCAAUCAAUAUUACGUGGCGACCGACGAGAACGGUACGCCUAUUAUGAUAUUCAACCGCUACGGAGAAGUGGCAAGAGAAAUCAUGCGGUCACCUUACGGACACAUCAUAUAUGAUUCCAACCCUUAUCUCUACCUGCCCAUAUCUUAUGCGGGUGGAAUUCUUGACUCCACUACCGAACUCGUCCACAUGUCCAGAGGACGCAUCUACGAUCCCUUGAUAGGUCUCUGGCUGUCUCCUAAUUGGGAAAGCAUACCAUCCAGCGUAAUGAGGCCAUCGAGUUUGUCUCUGUACCGAUUUAAUGGCAAUGAUCCCAUCAACAUCGGACGGCCUAAUUGGUCCACUUAUGAACGAAAGGACUGGCUGGCUUUGCUUGGCUACGACAUGGAAAGUUUGGUGCCUACUCUUUCAAGGGCGACAAACUCCAACUUCAAAAGUUUAGAGUCUUGGACGACUAUUCCUCACGUCUCAGUGAUGCCAAUCCGCCGAGGAACAUCGCCUUACGAGGAGUUCGUUAAAGACGUGCCGUGUGUGUACGGACAAAUUGAACUACUGCGAGAGGGUUUCUUGCAUUCCACUCGCCUCGGAGUUCUUACGGAAACUAGUCUGCGCCGAGAUUUCUGGCCUGACACCCACAAAGUCGAAUUUUCCAACAUUCCUGGACCAUUUGGUGAAGGUCUGUUGGUUUCUAACGUACAGGGAAGAGCGGUCGUGACAGCAACUGCAAGUGCAAAUCCUAUUUUCAGAGAUGUCAUCACUUCAGUGUUUAAUAACUCACAUUUGUUGGAUGUCGUGUUGUCUUCGCAUGGCACUUUUGUCUUCUACUUUGUGAAGGAGAACAUGUGGCGUGUAAGCGAAGACAUGACUCAGUUGAAUCGGCUGGCGGGUGAGGUGAACAUCACGAAGCCUUCAGACGAGGGAAGCGAGAAGUUCAUGGACGUUAAGCUGCGUACAAAUUAUGCCGUGGUUCACGUGCGCUACGGCAGCAGUCCACAGCAAGAAAAGAAGAGGCUUCUUAAACACGCAAAAAAGAUGACGAUCAGGAGAGCGUGGGCCCUAGAGAGGGAGUUGGUGGCGGCAGGGUUCAGUGGGCACGUUGAGUGGACGGCGGUGGAACAGGAGGAGCUGUUAUCGAGGGGCUCAGUGAGCAGCUACACGGCCAUGUAUCUCCACUCCCCCGAGACCUACCCUCAGCUCCUCGAUGAUCCCACUAAUAUUCGCUUCUAUAAGGAUCCGUCGCGCAUGCGCCGCAACUCCAGGUCGCAUCGGUCCAGGAGAUGUCGCAAGUGGUGGUGGGAUGGGUUUUGCUAGUCCAAAAUAAUUAUGUAUAAGAAUGGCAUUGCUUUAUUUUCUCCAUCAUAAAAACUACUUCCCGCCUCUUAAUGUAGUUCAGGUAAGAAUCAAUGGUGUGUAUCUAUGAUAAACAUUUCAUAAGAUAAGAAUAUUCAACCUGGAAUAAUGUGUAAGUUUUGUUCCAUUCAUAAGGAAAAUAAAUAAAAUGUACAGAGUACCAUGAAAAUAACUAUUGCACAUUAUUCCUUAAGAACGACAUAUUUGUGAUACGGAGCUGAGCUUUUCUGGUGCUAUUUUUAAGCACAAAGAUAAUAAUACCUAGCCAAUUAUUUAAAGUCUUCGGACAGGUUUCAAAGUAGCUACAAUUUUAGUAGCCACAACUUGCCGACAAAAAAGUGACGAAUUUCUGCUAAAGACCAAGUGCUGUUGCGAGCGUAGUGCAUUUUUAUCAUACCUAAUUGCUUAAAUUUGAAGAUACUCUUCUGAAAAGUUUUUUCCACUGUCGAUAUGUCAUGAUCACAUUGGAAAGAGAAUCAAAUUUAAAAUAUGCUACUCAUAGCGAUUCGUUUUGCCUGAUUUUCAAAUUUGUAUAAGUGAUUUAAAUCUCCGGCCAAGUGAGUGAACUUUUUUUGUCCUUUUUAGCAUAUUUGUAAAAAAUAGAAGCCUGCAAUAUAUACGAUUUUAUCAUUGAAAAAUUGCAAGCCGAUACUUGCCCUCAAUUUUUGUAAACUUUAAGUCAAGUAAUUGGUUUGCUUUCAAAUUUAAAAUCGCGUAUUUUAGCUACUAAUAUCAUGGGUAUAACAUACGAUAUAAAUUUCAUUAAACAUUUUUCAAAUGCAUGCGAAAACUUACUCUUUUUACAAAAUCUCUAUUUUAGUGUAUUUCUGAAGAAUAUUUCUUGCGGCAAGUUUUAAAAUGCGACAUAAUAGUGUGAAUAUUCGUAUAGAAUCCAGCGUAACUUACGGUUUUGAAGACCAUAAUAAAAAUUGGUGAUGACGUAAUCGGUAUGAUUCAUUGAACAAAAAAUUCAUAUUAAAAUUACAUGAAGAUUUUUAGAAAGUAGAUACCAACACAAAGAAAGAAAAUAAAGAGAACAAGUAACCAAUCAUUUAAUUAUUAUGAUUAAUUUCACGAGCAUUCGAAUAAAUUUCACAAUGUUCAGAGUUGAGCAUUUAUGGAAUGUUAUUUAUUGAUUUACAAUAUCAUCUUGUUCCACCCUAGUUUAACUUUUUAACUUAUCAAUCAACUCGUGGUCCUUCCCUUCAAGUGAUCUUUGUACAUACUCAUUUUAGAAAGCGUAGACAAUAUUUGUAUUAAGUCAAAGGCAUAAGUGAUGUACCUUCUCAUUAGAUGAAAAGUUGAGCAUCGUCUUCAAAGAAGAUCAAGUAACUUUUUUUAUCGCCAGUAACUUUUUUCAGUCGCCUUUAGACCAUACAACGAAGUGAGUUGCUCUCGCAGUCGUUUUCUAUCAUGCAAAAACCUAAGUUAUAACUUUAUAAGUGACGUAUGGCCAUCACACUUUACCAUUUAUUACUCUCCAACGAAGUGAAAUUAAGUAUUUAGCGCCAGUAGUUUAUGUUAAUAAGUAUAUUUCGUCAUGAAGGGUAUUUUCUCCGCUUGCGUUAAUUCGAUGAGUAUCACAGAUUUCACUACAACAUUUUCGAUUGAAAUAGUGUCAAAUUAAUGAUAUUAUUAGUAAAAUGAAUUUAUAGUACAUUCUUUACACAUAAUGUUAGAGUUAUCAUUCAGUUUCGUUGAUUAUUUUGGAAUUUAAUUGGAAUUUUGUGUGUUCAUCGCAAUAAGAAUUCAGUAUAACGUCAUGCCAGUUGUCCUGCUGAAGAUGCUUGAUAUUCUACAAACUCCUACAUGCUUAGAGAUCCCAUUCGCACUUUCCCCAUAAAUUUGUAGAAAACAACCGUCCUGUUCAUCACUUAGAAGAUUUUUCAUCGUAAAUCUUUUAAAUUGUGUUUACACACAAUCAAAUUUUCGAUCGUUGCAGGCGAUAGCAAUAAGCAAAUGAUAGAGAUGCCAUAUAUGUAUUUCAAACAUCGAACGCUCGAUGACAGCUUUUGCGUAAUACGGAAAGUAGCACCCUUUUAUAAUAAUUAUACUUGUGUAAUUUAAGAUGUCCCUUAGUAAUAAGAUUAAAACGUUCCUUAGAUUUAGAUGCCUAUUUAGAAUUACUAUAAUCUUAGCGAUGCGGAUAGGUUUCCUCUCAAACGACUCUGUAUAAAAGUUUAUGAUUACGAAUAUUGUCUUUUGUAUGACGAUCUCAAUGUGCCAUUACCGUUGCUGUUCUUUUGUAAGGCGCGCAGAUUGAAAGAAAGCGAAGAUGUUCUCUAAGUGACAUCUGACCUCCCGUUACGUGACGUGGUUUUGUACUCGGCGUAAACUUUUUUCAACUUUUUUCUAACUGUUCUCAUGCCUAUUGGCUAGUAGACAUGUAUAAUAUAAAACUGCAAUGAUACGUACAAUUCUCUUCGAUGAUAAUUUGGAUUCCUUGAAUCAAUUGGCAUUUUUAUGAUUUCUCAAAUUUAUGUAACGCUGUUGUGUCAUAACCAUCAAAUGAUCUGUGACACGUUUGAUAAAAUUUAGUGAAAAUUUUGUAUGUACACAUCGAGCUAUUGGACGAUACAUUUGUAUUACCUUUUGGUUAAAAUAUGAGAAUCGAAGAUAAUUUGGCUGUCAAGCAAUAAACAUUAAAUUCAGCUAAAACAAACCAGAUAACUUUUCAAUCAAGCCUUUAUAUUUUAAUUUUUAAUAUCUUUAUGUAUUAUCACGUCGAUGAUUAUAUUAUCACUAUUGUAAGAGCGAGCAGUUGUUUUAUGACGUGUACAUAUGCAUAUACUAUUUAGUUAAUUUAUGCUAAUGCUGUUGCCUUCCUAUUCAUAUUUAUCUGUUCUCAUAUUCUUUCACAUAAAUUCAAGACAAUAAUAGCUACAUAUUUUCACGAGUAUUCAAGUUUCCAGUCUCUUGAAAUUUACGCAAUCAGUUUUAUCAGUCUUUAUUUUUUUGGAAGUUUUCUCUCCUUGUCUUCCAGUCAGGGAACCUUAAACUUGACUUGGUACGUUCUUUACAGAACUGUUCAUUAAUGCAGAAAUCAGGCCGAUAUGAUUCACCGAAAUUAAAUUUCAGAGCUGCAUCGUAAGAUUUAUGUCAACAAAUUUUAUCAAAGUUUUGCAGGGUUAUUUGAAAUUUUUAGAAGGUUUCUUAGUCGAUGUUUGUCGCAAGUCAUAAACAUAAGAGGUAGAACGGUCUGGUGACGAUCAAGUUGAACCUCGAAAAAGCCCUAUUUUUCUUAUACGUAUGUAAGUAAUGUGUGUUCGUGACCUAAGCUGUGUAUUUCGUCUGUCUGUCCUUUAUUUCAUUAUAAUUGGCCCUGAAUGUU